AUGUUCGAUCUGGGUGGGCGGCUGCUGGAGGAUGGCCUCAACCCGCUGGGGAACCGGUUCGUGGCCAUACGCCGGGACCGGCUGCUGUUCGACGGCUUCGACAACCUGAACUCGCUGGGGGACCGACUGCGAGGGCGGGUGCGGAUAGCCUACAUAGACGCUCACGGAGCGCAGGAGGCGGGAGUGGACGGCGGGGGUCUGUUCAAGGACUUCAUGGAGGAGCUCAUGCGGGAGGGCCUGUCAGCAGAGUACGGCCUGUUCGCCGCCAACUCCUCCCACCAGCUCUACCCCAACCCGGCUGCCGUACGGGUGGUGGAGGACGCCCCCCGUCUGCUGGCCUUCCUGGGCAGGAUGCUGGGCAAGGCCAUGUACGAGAACAUACUGUUGGAGCUGCCUCUGGCAGGCUUCUUCCUGAAGAAGUUCCGCGGCGCUCACUGCGACUUGAACGACCUGCCCACCCUGGACCCCGAACUGUACCGCUCACUCCUCAAACUGAGGGAUUACUUCGCCAGUACGACAUCAGCAACCACCACUGCCGCUGCGGUGGAGGGCAGCACUGCCGCCCUGGGUGACACCAGCCAGGAGGUGGAGCUGAAGCCCGGUGGCCGGAACCUGCCAGUCACCGCGGACAACGUCACGGAGUACAUACACCGGAUGGCGCAUUACAACAAUGAAGGUAAGCUCAGGGUACCCCCUGACACGGGGACGGGGCUGCUGAUCCCGCGCAGCUGGGUGUCCAUGUUCAGCGGGGAGGAGCUGCAGAGCCUCAUCAGCGGGGUGGCGGCGCAGGGGCUGGACCUGGAGGACAUGAGGGAGCAUGUGGUGUAUGGCGGGGGAUACCACGAGGAGCACCCGGUGGUCAUCCUGCUGUGGGAGGUCCUGGACUCCUUCACCGCGGAGGAGCAGGGCCGGUUCCUCAAGUUCGUGACGUCGUGCAGCCGGGCGCCACUGCUGGGCUUCAAGUAUUUGGAGCCCAAGCUGGGCAUAAAUAUGAGCGGUAACACGUUGGACCCCUCGGCCCAGCAGCGCCUGCCCACCGCCUCCACCUGCAUCAACCUGCUUAAGCUGCCCCCCUACCGGACCAGGGAGGCCAUGAGGGACAAACUGCUGUACGCCAUCAAUUCGGGAGCGGGAUUCGACCUCAGCUGA